AUGGCUCUAAAGCAAUGUAAAGUCAAGAAUACUUCGAAGCCAGGAUUUUUCCUCGUUGGUUAUGCACUGAAAUCAUUCACAGCUGAAAGACUGGCAUUUUGCUACAGUACUUGUAACACGGAUCCGUCUUGUCAAAGUUCAAAUUAUAACCUCGCUUCAAAAACCUGCCAAUUGAAUUCAGAAUCAAGGAAAAGUCAGCCCAACAGUUUUCACGCGAGGGAGGGUUCUGUUUACUCUGAUAAUCCUGAUCGAGGUAAGAGUUUUAAAGCGAUAAUCUGGUAAUUUAUGAAAAAGAUGUCGCUACCUAUUCGCUUUCACGAUUGCUUAAGUAAUUCAGCUAGUUCCCUGCAAGUGACGACAGUUUUCCAUUUUUGUGGGAGUCGGGGGAGGGUAUUGCUUAUCUUUGAUAGUUUUGAAAGCAGUUUUGUUCAAUCUUUUAUUUAAAAAUGUCGUAUGUAUGUGGUAAGUUCUCUCAAUGUGGCUGUUAUACCUAGAAAUUUGAGAGUUUGAUAAAUAUUACUGUCAAAGUAAUGUCAAAUACUCUUGUAGAUAAUCUCAUAAACGAAACCAUAUUUCCCGAGACGCCCGCCUAUCAGUCAACAUUGAUGAGACUUCCCAAACAAACGUGCUCAGUUAAAACGGGCCGCUUAGGCAUCCAGGAGAGUUUUGUUUCCACGCAAAAAGAAGCACGAAACCAAAAUCGAAUUGUACUGUAUAGCCAUGGUUUUAGCUUUGCAGAACCACCCCACGAGUGUGUUAACAUCUAAGAAAAAUAUUUAAAAAAUGUAUCGUUAAAGUAAUGCCAAUUAUAUGAAUAAAGAACUGAAUAGUAGAAAUUGUGAAUUUAGUUUUCCUUUUACGAACCUUCACGGGAUAUUACCAUUGUAACACAAAACUAAUAAUCGCUGGGGGGUGGGAGUUAGGUUCACUUUCCAUUAUCUUAAGCAUAUUGUUUUCGCAUAAGAAAAAAAAAUUGAAAAACCUCCUUCCCCCUAGAGGGAGCAAUUCAUCCAUUUAUUUGCUCAUUUGUUCAUCUAUUCAUCAAAAGUCUUAUGUUACCCGAAACAUUUGAAAUAUAUGCUAGAAGAAAAGAAGCAAUCACGUGACGCAUUCUAAAAAUGUAUUUAUCACCCAGCUUUACGUAAAGAUAAUUUGUAUCCAAGACCGUCAUUUAUCUAAAUCAAGGGUCAUGCUAUUGACAAAAAUUUCCUGUUGUUAUGUUAUGAAGGGAAGAAAGGGUCCUUGCCUACGGUAACAGGCUUUUCAUGCAGAAAUAUCGACGAAAAUGGAGAUCUGGACUUUAGCGGCUUUAAUUGGAUACGACCGCCAGGGUCUCUUGUUAGCUUCCAAGGAUACUGUGACAAGUCAGCUGUUGGACGUAAGUUUACUGAUUGAUCAAACAAAUUUGUUAUGAACAGUAGCUAAUGGGUAAGAUAAAAAUGUUGUAGGCUUUAUUAAGAAUGGACUCAAUGGAUUGUCCUCGAGUCUUAAAAAUGAUUUCUUGCAACGCAAAUCAUUAAAAAACAAACAAACAGACAGACAGACAAAAACAAAAAAAAAGAAAAAACGCCAAACGAAACAAAACAAAACAAAGGGAAAAAAAAGAAAACAUACUCUGCAAAAACAUUUACCACAAUGGUCUCAUGGAAUUUCUAUCUUAUCUGUUUCACUUCAUUUUGACGCUUUUUCGGUCCUUUUAUGGAACGAGUUAUUCCGUCUAAGAUUUGAUCGUUUAAUCAUGUCACACAAGAACGUGACUUAAUGUCACUUCUACACGUAUAAGAGAUAUUACUGUUCGUAACAGAACAGAAUUGGUAGCAUGUUUGUGGCCAUUCAGUUGCAUUAUAUGUGAAGAGAGAGAGGUUGUUAGGAUGUUAAUUUUUUUCUCCCUGUGUAAGAAUGGACCAAGGUAACUCCGCAAUGGAUCAAGCAAACUUAUAAAGAUGGAGUGACGCUGACCUACACCGAAGAAAAUGACGGGCUCGUCAUUUCAGGUCAGGUGACCAGAUAUGCGUGUGGUUCUGGUGAACCUCCUGGGGCUCUGACCCUGAUUAAAGGCUACUGGACUAGGAUAAAGUACACCCAAGAAUUCCGUGGAAAAGUUACGUGUUGGAGCAUAUUUGGAGAUAACAGGUGAGUAUACAUACACAUGUACAUUUAAAUCGUUUCAGUACCAGAAUGUUUUCUCGACAAUUUGCGACCCUCCAAGGGAUUUCAGGGAAUAAGGUGAACGCACGCACAUGGUACACUAGCACGCUUUUCACGAUAUAACACGGUGACUGUGCCAGUUUUAUAACACGCCGGCUUCGCUCGGAAGGCUUCGCAUUGCGCCGGCUAACUAGCGGUUAUUCAUUUUAAAAAUGCCGGUUUGCAUUGAGUGAUGAACAGCGACCGCGUAGGAGACAUGGAGCCGGAAAACUGUUGCUGAAGGAUUCACAAAGAUUCGGUAUUGGGCUUAUUAACUUCAUGAAGCGAUAAGGAUUUAUAUCUUAUAAGGUAAGAAAUAAUUUUUAAAAAAGUAAUUCAUGUGUUCAAACUGAGCUCCUCUGGACCUUGUGAAACACGUCGUGCUUACUGAAUUCCUUGUGAAAAUCCUCAGGGAAAGAGCCGUGAUUUGCCGUGACAGUUUCCUUUUUUCAUUACAACUUUCGGAUAGGAUCGACAGAAGAUCUUCUUCAUUUUUGCUUAUAUUCCAUAAGAAAUAUACUUUACAAACGCCAUUCUCAUGAUAAUUUAGUAACAAAGUGAGCUGGGUUGUACACGAUAAGCUAGCGUGUUAAGGGACAAAGGAGCUUAGCGUGUUAAAAAAACAAAAAAAUCCAGCGUGUUAUAGAAACAAUAAUCUACCGUGUUGACAGGAACAAUGGCUACAACAAGCUUUCCAAAAUCAAUUGUUUUUAUGUGGAUAUCUGCACGGUAAGCGUGUCAUGCAAUUAGCGUGCGAGGGUGUUAUAACGUGCCGUGUGCAUGCGUUCACCCUAUUCCCUGAAAGCCCGUGGAGGGUCACAUUUAGUGAGCCUGAAAAAAGCUGCAGGAGUUCAAAAAUAAAUUGCAUAGGUUAUGAAAAUCGAGAGAAGUUGAUUAUGUUUUGGAAUUCUAGGUAUGGUCGAACUUCAGUUGAAAACAAACCAACAGGUGUGCAUCCCUUUAAUUCCUCUCAAGGAGAUUCCAUCACAAAUGAAUACUUCAUGGGUGGAGUUUGUGAGUAAAGUAUUCCUUUGUUUGUUUUUUAUUUUCUUUUGAGGUACAAUGCUAUUUCAUUGCCAUUUCUUUAGGUUGUCAUUUUGUAUUUCCUUUGAUUUCCACCAAGUUCGCAAUAAAUGUGUUUCCAAGAUAAACAAAAAGCUACUAAGAUGGACAGUUCCAGAUACAGAUAAAAUCCUCUUUAUGAAAUUAAAGCCGGGAAAAAAACGAGAUGGGGUGGGAGUGGCAUCCAGCAGCCCCCACUUCCCUCCCCUUGUACUUCCAAAGCUUAAAGUUACUAUCAUGGCAGUUAAUGAUCCACACAUUUGUUCAACGAAGAGAAAAUUAAAACAAAACAAAAACAAGUUAACGAAACCUAAAAUACCCUGAGUUUUCGGGAUCAAAAUUCUCGUCAACUUAGACAAUAAAAAGAUAAUUUCUAGCUCGAGUUUCUGAACUUUUGUUUUAUUUAAAUCUUUUAGCCCACAUCUUUGAUGGUGAAACAACAAAAUGCACCGGUGUAAACACAAACUUUUGGCAAAACAAUAACCCCAGUGUACGCUAUGCAACGGUGAUUCUCAGGAGAGAACUGAGUGCAGAAAAUGCCGGUAUUUUUACCGGCACAUCGUGUGGCACACCAACCUACAAGAUCAAGGAUAUUUACGUAUACUUUUAA